CUCAAUCCAUUUGCUAAAAAUACAGGUACAGUUGGUUGUAGUGAGAGUCUGAGAAACAGAAAAAUAGCAGAGAAAACAUGGCUGCAGGAGAGAUCCAAGAAGAAUUUGUUCUUAACAACGUGGAUGACAACACCGAUGGCUCUGUUGGAAACAGGUUGGAUUUUAUUUCUAGGGAGUUUUGGCUUGGGAAGACCAAGUGGGAGACUGUCGAUCCUACCAGCAUUCCAAAAGACUGUUAUGGUGCCUUUGUAAUUGAUCCUAAUGGAAGAUUCUAUAGAUAUUGGGCAAACAUCAUAUGCUUUUGGUCCAUGUAUUCAUCUUUCUUUACGCCAGUGGAGUUUGGGUUCUUCAGAGGAUUGCCAAAUCAUCUGAUGAACUUGGAGAGCAUACAAAUAAUCUUCUUUGUAGAUGUGAUCAUUCAAUUCUUCGUCGCAUACAGAGACCGUCACACAUACAAAAUGGUAUAUGACAGGAAAAGCAUUGCCAUACGCUAUGCAAAGAGAAGCUUUGCAUUAGAUCUUCUUGGCUGUAUUCCUUGGGAUGCCAUCUACAAGGUCACAGGAAGAAGAGAAGCUGUACGGUGCCUGAUUUGGAUCCGACUGUAUCGAGCACGGAAAGUGGAAGAAUUCUUUCAGAAGAUGGAGAAGGAUAUCCGCAUCAACUAUCUAUUCACAAGGAUAGUGAAGCUCAUCACAGUGGAACUGUACUGCACUCACACAGCAGCUUGCAUCUUCUACUACCUGGCAACCACAUUGCCUCCUGCAAAGGAGGGCUCUACAUGGAUUGGAAGCCUAAGCAUGGGAGAUUACAAAUAUAUCAACUUCAGAGAAAUCGACUUCUGGAGGCGCUACAUAACUUCCCUCUACUUCGCCAUUGUUACCAUGGCUACGGUUGGUUAUGGAGACAUUCAUGCGGUGAACACCAGGGAGAUGAUUUUUAUUAUGGUCUAUAUAUCCUUUGAUAUGGUGUUAGGGGCCUACUUGAUUGGUAACAUGACAGCUCUGACUGUCAAGGGAUCCAAUACAGAGAGGUUCCGGGACAAAAUGACAGAUCUCCUUAGAUACAUGAAUAGGAACAAGCUGGACAAGGAUAUCAGAUCACAAAUAAAAAGCCACUUGAGGUUGCGGUAUGAGAGCACCUACACUAAAGCUAGUGUUCUUGAAGACAUUCCUGUAGCCCUCCGAUCGAAGAUUUCUCAGACUUUAUACAUCGAGAUAAUUCAACAGGUUCCUCUUUUCAAAGGAUGCACAGACGAGUUCCUAAAUCAAAUAGUUAUGAAGUUAAAUGAAGAGUUUUUUCUCCCAGGAGAAGUUAUCCUUGAACAAGGCAGUGCUGUGGAUCAAGUUUAUAUUGUAUCACAUGGAUGUUUGGAAGAAGUAGCCAUUGGAGAAUAUGGUUCAGAGGAAUUCAUUGCAGAACUUGAACCCCAUAGUAUCUUUGGCGAAGUUGCAGUGUUGUGCAAUAUCCCACAGCCAUUCACAGUUCGUGUCUGUGAACUAUGUAGACUUCUACGAAUUGAAAAGCAAUCUUUGGCUAGCAUCUUGCAACUUUACUUCACUGACAACCGCCAAAUUCUCAAUAAUCUUCUUAAGGAAAAGGAUACUGAUCUACGAAUCAAGCAGCUUGAAUCAGAUAUCACUUACUUUAUCACAAAGCAAGAUUCUGAACUAGCAUUAGGAGUAAUUAGUGCUGCAUAUCAUGGGGAUUUGAAUCAUUUAAAAGGCUUGAUCAAUGCUGGAGCAGAUCCUUGCAAAACAGACUAUGAUGGGAGAAGUGCAUUGCAUUUAGCAGCAUCUAGAGGUCAUGAAGAUAUUGUGAAGUUUCUGAUGCAGCGAGGAGCAAAUGUCAAUUGCAUUGACAAGUUUGGGAAUACACCUUUGUUGGAAGCUCUUAAAUCAGGGCAUGAUAGUGUUGCAGCAAUUCUCGUCAAGAAUGGUGCUCUCUUAAAUCUAGAGGAUGCAGGAUGCUAUCUCUGCAAAGUUGUUAUAGAAAGCAAUAUUGACUUCUUGAAACGGUUGUUGGAAAAUGGUCUUGACCCAAACUCCAAGAACUAUGACCAGCGGACACCUCUUCAUGUUGCAGCUGCAGAAGGUUUGCACUUGGUGGCAAAAAUCUUGAUUAAAUUUGGAGCAAAUGUUCUUGCUCAAGACAGAUGGGGAAACACUCCACUUGAUGAAGGCCAUAGAUGUGGGAGCAAACCUUUAACCAAGAUAUUGGAGCAUGCUAAAGAGGAACACAUGGGUGAACGUUGUGUCUUACAGAGGGAUGAUAGUAGAUAGGGACUGUGUUUCAAUAUAGUGAAGCGUCAUUCAGUGAAGGACAAAAGGCUAUUUCUUGAAUGGUAUAUUUUAAUUCUGCUUCAAAUGGUUGACCUAGAAGAGGAGGAAUGAAAGAUGAUGAUAUUGGUACAUCUUUCAACUCUUGGUAGUUUGAUCCUUUUGAGCAUUGGGGCUGUGUUCAUGAGCGAUUAAGUCAGUAUGGAUAGUUCAGGUUGGUCAA